UAUUGAAUGCCGUCACUUUUGUAUCAACGAACUCACAGCCAUAGUGACGGAAUUUCGUCUUGUUAUCUAGUUGUUGUUUUUUUUUUUUGGAAAUUUCAUCCGAAUUUAUUUAGUUUCGGUGAUCGUUUAGUAGAUUAUCGUGUAUUAAUUUGAUUUCACACAAUUUUGUAGUGCGCUAAGGAAAUUAUAUGCAAUGGAGCCAAUGACAUUGGGAAGCCCGUCUAGUCCAUCGACAGCCAACACAACCAAUUUUUUGCCAUCAUAUCUAAUGGGAGAGCCAAAUACAAUGAUAGCACCACGAACCAAUACACUGUCACCGACCAAAGGGCGGACAUUGGCAUUUUCUGCAUCAUCACCAACCACACCGGUAACAUCGAAUGACUUUAAUCGAUCGAUGAUCCAACAACGAAGUCUGUUUGGUUCAAACAAUCCCACCACAUCGCCGCAUCAUAAUUUUCCGAAUACACCACAAAUGAGUCACAAUCCAAUCGCAUCAGGACCGCCGACACAGAGUUUAUUCGAUUCUUUGAGGGUGGAACAAAAUUCAGUUGUAGAUAAUUCAUACAGUCAAAAGCAUGCGAUGGGUCAACGUCUGCCGAACCAGUCGUUUGCAAUGAAUCAAUCCGUUUGUGACUCAUAUCUGAAUCAAAGUAACUUCAAUGUAUCAAGAAUAACUUCACCAUUGGAUCAAUCAUAUGAUUACCGAAAUGGUUCAAUGUCUGUGAACAAUUGCUUGUCGCCAACAUCAUCGCGCCCGUCAAAGCACUGGGUCACCGUUUAUGGAUUUUCACCAUCAGCUUUAACCAUGAUUAUCCAACACUUUUCACAAUGCGGUACAAUUCUAGAGAAAAUAAGUCCACCGCAGAGUGGCAAUUGGGUGCAUUUACGCUUUGCAUCGAGCUUAGAAUGUGAGAAGGCAUUAAACUAUCAUGAACGCAUUCUGGCGAAUAGUCUCAUGAUUGGAGUGACCUAUUGUAAAGAUCCCAAUGUCGUAGAUAAGGAGAAUGUCGAACGAAAUAAUAUUUCAAUAAGUCGAGCACGACCAUUAGCGCAAGUGAGUUACAAGACGGCUCAAAGUGCAACGGAUAUUACUGGCGGACCCACAACGCCCAGCAGAAGCUCUGGCAUCAUUAAUAAAGCCAUUGAUCUUUUCUUUGGCUUGUAAGAGCCGAUCCACAACUCCAGAGUGUCUCAUAUUCGAAAGGACAUUCAUAAUUGUGCAUAUAUCUAGCAGCAUUCGAUUUUAAUCAAAACAUGUCGAUAAGGCCAAUUCAUUUAAAACAGGAAUAUCAUCUUAAAUCCAACAAUUGCUCCGACAAUUUUUUCUUUUGUUCAAGUGCAAAAUUUUUGUUACACAGAAAAUAAAUUUAGCAUUAAUGUCGAA